CUUCUCUCUCUCCCUCUCUCUCUCUCCCCCCCUCUCUCUCUCUCUCCCGAUCCUUCCAUGGUUCCACAAACCUACUGAACGAUGCAGAAUAUGUUACGAGCAAAGCCGAUCAGUUCCCUUUCUAGCAGUGCUAGAAGCUUUUUCCUUAGCGGUUCACGAUGUAAUGCACCAGAUGCCAAUUCAUGCACGUGCAAUGAGGAUGAAACAUGUGUUUCAAGAAGACAAGAGACGAAAAAUGAAAAUUUACUUAUGCAGAAGCCAUCCUCAGUAUCUAAAACUACAUCUCUAGUUGAAAGAACCUUGGUUUCAGGAAACUCGGCAAGUUCUCACAAGGUUAAGGGCAUUGAUCAAUCUGGCAGUGUACAACAAGUCAGGUCUAAUUCAAGUCCAUCAAGUAAAUCAGACUCUGUAACAUAUGCUUGUGUGGCUGAUGAUAUUCCGAAUCAUGUUACACACUCGUCACCUCUCGAUACUGACCAGUUUUAUAGGGCUGGUAUUGCAGCUGUUAAUUUCAUUUCUGAUUUUGUUCAUUGUAAGCUUCCUGUAUCUGAUGGAAUGGGAAUACUAAGCUACUCUAAAAAUUGUAUGGUGGAACCUGCCUCUACCAUAACCAGCAUUAGAUCUUCAAAUGUGAAACAAAUUAGAAAAGAGGACUUUAUCAGUGUUCAUCCCAAACCUCCGGUUUCUAAUCAUCCAGGGUCAUCAAACCAUGCAAGUAGUAGUUAUAAUGGCUCAAAGGGGAAAGGUGAUAAGUCAAAGUUCGGUAAAGGUUUUAAGCAUAUUGCAUCUUCAGCGACAGAGAAGUCGGAGGUGGCUCCAAAUAUUGCUUUCAAUAAUCAUGACGGUAGAAGACCCUUGCCACAGAGGACAAGAACUCAUACAAACCAAUUUGUCACAAAUUCUGGUUCCAAUGUGCAAACUUCAAAUUCACAUAUGUUGGGAUCAUUUAAGGAAAGCUUCCAUAGACACCCGAGGUAUCUGAAAACGUCAGCAGGAAGUAGUUCAACAAAAACACAUUUUACGAAGACAGGCCACCGUGUUGUGGAAGUUGUUAUAGAUAUACUGCAACAGUUAAAGUGGGGUCCUGCUACGGAGGAGGCUCUUUAUAACCUGAAGUCUUCAAUAGAUGCAUAUCAAGGUAACCAAAUCCUAAAGCAACUUGAAGACCAUUCAGUUGCUCUAAGCUUCUUCUACUGGUUAAAGCGACAACCGAACUUCUGGCAUGAUGGGCAUACUUACACCACCAUGGUUGGUAUUCUGGGGCGUGCAAGAGAGUUUGGUGCAAUAAACAAAUUGCUUGAACAGAUGGUCAAAGAUGGUUGUAAACCUAAUGUUGUAACAUAUAAUCGCCUAAUUCACAGCUAUGGUCGCGCAAACUACCUAAAGGAAGCACUGAAUGUCUUCAAUCAAAUGCAGGAGGAGGGAUGUGAGCCGGAUCGUGUCACUUACUGUACGCUCAUUGAUAUCCAUGCAAAAGCUGGAUUUCUUGAUGUGGCUAUGUCGAUGUAUGAAAGAAUGCAACAAGUUGGACUUUCUCCUGAUACGUUUACUUACAGCGUGAUGAUCAACUGUCUAGGAAAAUCUGGCAAUUUAGCUGCUGCUGACAGACUAUUUUGUGAAAUGGUUAAUCAGGGCUGUGUUCCUAAUAUUGUCACCUACAAUAUCAUGAUUGCUUUGCAUGCGAAAGCAAGGAAUUACGAGACAGCACUGAAGCUAUAUCGUGACAUGCAGAAUGCAGGAUUUAAACCUGACAAAGUUACAUAUAGCAUUGUAAUGGAGGUGCUUGGUCACUGUGGGUAUCUUGAGGAAGCAGAAGCUGUUUUUGUUGAGAUGAAGCAGAGGAAUUGGAUUCCAGAUGAACCUGUUUAUGGUCUUCUGGUAGACCUAUGGGGAAAGGCUGGUAAUGUUGAGAAGGCUUGGGAAUGGUAUGGGGCAAUGCUCAGUGCAGGUUUGCUUCCAAAUGUACCAACUUGCAACUCACUUCUCAGUGCAUUUCUGAGGGUACAUCGAUUGCCAGAUGCGUAUAAUCUUCUCCAAAGCAUGGUAGCUCUCGGCCUAAGGCCUUCUUUGCAGACAUAUACUUUGCUUCUCAGCUGUUGUACAGAUGCACAAUCGCAGUACGAUAUGGGAUUUUGUUGUGAGCUGAUGGAAGUCACUGGCCAUCCUGCCCAUGCAUUUUUACUGUCAAUGCCAGCAGCAGGGCCCGAUGGUCAAAACGUGAGGGAUCAUGCGAGUAAGUUCUUGGACCUGAUGCAUUCGGAGGAUAGAGAGGGGAAACGAGGACUCGUAGAUGCAGUGGUGGAUUUUCUUCACAAAUCCGGGCUCAAAGAGGAGGCCGGUUCAGUUUGGGAGGUAGCUGCACAAAGAAAUGUAUACCCAGAUGCCGUGAAGGAGAAAAGCUAUUGUUAUUGGCUUAUAAAUCUUCAUGUCAUGUCUGAUGGAACUGCUGUGACCGCAUUGUCUAGGACACUUGCUUGGUUUCGCAGACAGAUGCUAAUAUCUGGUGUAAGUCCUAACCGGAUAGAUAUCGUGACUGGUUGGGGCCGAAGAAGCAGGGUCACCGGUUCUUCUCUUGUGCGACAGUCGGUGCAUGAACUUCUGCGUCUAUUUAGUUUCCCAUUUUUCACCGAAAAUGGCAAUUCGGGUUGUUUUGUGGGGUGCGGAGAGCCUCUUAGUCAAUGGUUGCUCCACCCUUACGUCGAACGAAUGCAUUUACUCUAGCUGCUGUGCUUACUUUGUUUGGUUGUUGUAGAAUCAUAAUACAUUUACACCCCAAUUUUGCUGCGAUGGAUUGACAUUCUAGUAUUUAUACAUACUCUUUAACAUGUCAUAGUGCGCAGUUAUUUGAGUUAUUACUCUGCGAAGUUUAUGUAAUUGUUUUAAUGGUAAACUUAAUGAUUCAUGUUAAUAUUUGUUGCGGCGUGUUUCA